AUGGCGCUCAGCCGCCCCUUCCUCAGCACCGAGGCCGAGCGGCUCGCGCUGCAGCGCGCGCGCGACACGGCGCAGCGAGAGCGCGCGGCGGCAGAGGCCGACAGGGAGGCGGCGGCCGCGCGGCUCGUGGCGGCGGCGGGCACGCUCGAGGAGGCGCGGCGCGGCGCGGUCGAGAUUCGGAGCGCGGCGGAGCGGGCGGCGGAGGAGCAGCAGCGCAAGGCGGAGGAGGAGGCGGAUGCGACGCGGCGGCGAGCGCGCCUCGACGCGACGCGGCGCCAGCUCGAGCGCAAGAGCGAGCAGGUGAGCCGCGAGACGGCGGCGGCGGCGCAGCAGGCGGCGGCGCUCAACGCGCAGCGGCAGCGGGCGCAGCGCGACGUCGACGCGCUGCAGGGGCGGCUCCAAGAGCAGCAGCAGCGGCUGGAGCGGCUUCGGGCCGACGAGCGGGCGCGGCGCGACACGACGCCGGAGAGCGUGCUCUGGGACGAGCUGGCGGGCGAGGUAGCGACCGAGGCGGCGCUGCGCUCCUUCUUUGAGCGGCGGCAGAGGAGGGACGUGCAGCAGCCGCGGCUGCGGAUCGCGAGCGCGUGGAAGGUGACCAACGGCGCGACGCUGCGCGGGUUCGCGAGCGCGGGCUCCUUCGACAUCAGCCCGCUGCAGGCGCACGCGCGGAGCGGCGACACGUUUCUCUUCCACGGCUGCUCGCAGGAGGCGGCGACAAACGUCAUGGCCACCGGCUUGCUGCUGAGCUUUGCGGCGCAGGGCAUGCUCGGGCGAGGGCUGUACGGCGCGCCCGACCCGCGCAAGUCGCAGCAGUAUUGCAAAUCGGCCAACAAGUUCAUGUUCAUCUGCCGCUACAACCUCGCGGGCGCCCAGCACGCGGGCCCGAGCACGCAGCACCGGAACACGCUCUUCGACGAGUUUUGCGUGUACCGGGAGGCGCAGGUGGUGGUGCUGUGGGCGGUGAAGCUAGCGUGA